CUACACGUGGAUCCAUACUGGAUUCAGGGGAAGUAAAUAAGUUAUUGCGGUGAAUAAGUCAUACUACUACAGAGCUACGCAUUUUUUCUCCAAACAAUUGUGCGCCUUAUCGAGUUAUGCCAGUUAAUGUAAUGAACUUAAUCGCGACAGAUUUGUUCAAGAAACAGUUGUGAGCUCCUCAUUGAAGAGGUUGUCAUGACAUGCUGAAAUGAUGUCGUAUUGUUAAUGUUUACCACGUGAACUGGUUAUUACAGCGUUCAAAAAUAAAGGGUGGCCAGAUCCUAUCUUGAAGUGUCAUAGAUUUAGCAUAUCCUGCAAGAUGACUGAGGAUUCCAAAGACGCCGACACCAAAUCUUUGAAAAGACCAGCGGACGAUGCACUGGUUGAGAAUGAGCACGAAGACAAGAAGCUUAAAACAGAGCAGAAUGGUGACAAGAAGUACCCUAAGAAAAAGGUGGCUCUGCUGAUGGCAUACUCCGGCAAGGGGUAUUAUGGCAUGCAGAGAAAUGCAAAGAACUCUCAGUUCAGGACUAUUGAGGAUGAACUGGUUGUAGCCCUUAUCGCAGCAGGAUGUAUUCCAGAGGGCCAUGGAGAUGAAAUGAAGAAGAUGUCUUUCCAGCGAUGUGCACGAACUGAUAAGGGUGUUUCCGCUGUGGGUCAAGUUGUGUCGCUGAAGUUGUGGAUGAUUGAAAACAUCCUGGACAAAAUCAACAGCCAUUUGCCACAUAACAUUAGAAUUUUAGGUUACAAGAGAGUCACGGGAGGCUUCAAUUCCAAAAACAACUGUGAUGCCAGAACAUAUGCUUACAUGCUUCCAACGGUGGCGUUUUCCCCAAAAGACUAUAAUCAGGAGGACACGUCAUUCCGUGUGAGUUCAGACACCCUUCAGAAGGCCAACCAUUUGUUCAGCUUGUACAAAGGCACCCAUAACUUCCACAAUUUCACCUCACAAAAGGGUCCACGGGACCCCAGUGCCAAGCGCUACAUCACUCACAUGUCUUGCGGUGAGCCCUUUGUAAGACAAGAAGCUGAGUUUGCCGUUGUCACAGUUCGAGGCCAGAGCUUCAUGAUGCACCAGAUCCGGAAGAUGAUCGGUCUGGUAAUCGCUGUGGUUAAAGGAUAUGUGGAUGAGGGGGUGAUCGAGAGGAGCUGGGGAGAGGAAAAGAUUGAUGUUCCCAAGGCACCUGGUCUUGGAUUAGUGUUGGAGAGGGUGCACUUUGACCGCUACAACAAACGCUUUGGAGGAGAUGGUAUCCAUGAGACUCUGGAAUGGACUGAGGAAGAGGAUGCUAUCACUGCUUUUAAGGAUAAGCACAUUUAUCCAAGCAUUGUGGAGACCGAGCUCCUUGAGAUGUCCAUGGUGAACUGGAUGGCUACUCUAUACAUCCAUGAUUUUGAAGCCACCGCAACAGGGAACCAAGACCGCAAAGAGGAUGAUGAAGGAAAUGCAUCUGACUGAAUCACUGAGGCAGACCCUUUUUAUUUUUUACUUAUACCAUUACAUUUUGUUUUAAAGUUUCCACAAAACAAUGCUGAAAUAAA